AGAGGAACGCGUGUGCGAACUAUUUUACAGAUUUUAAAGAUGAUGUGUAUUACGUAAACUAUUGUGAAUAGACAUAGUGAUCUACCGUAUUGCUUUUUGCUGCUGCUACCCAAGGUUAUUUUCAUCUCCUCCAGUUCUUUCAUUUUUGUACUUAUCUGGACGUUGAAAGAUGGAUACACCUGCUGUACUCCCAGUGAAACUUCAAUCAUCGAAUCUUCGACCAAUUGCGUACAGAGUUCUUUCCAAGAAACAUGGUUUAAAUGUACAGACCGACGCGUUAAAAUUAUUGACAGAGACCAUUGGACUCCGUUUUGGGUCUGACUGGAAAGGUCCGCAAUCACAGCUCUUUCUUGAGGAUAUUGCACGUAUAUGGAAAAGUCAAGAUCGAGGACUUUUCAUUGACGGUGUGGGGCUCAAACAAGUUAUCAAUGAAGCUAUUUCUUCGUCUAUAGGUGGUAGUAAAUCCAAAUCAUUGAAGGAUAUUUCUAUUGAUUCAUUUGCCCCUAAGGCGGCUACUCGGACAGAUACCAUUGUAGACGUUGAUGGGAUGGAUGUGGAUACCCCAACACCGCCACCACCUGCAACAUCCAAUUCAAACUCAACUUUCCAAUGGGAGGAUUACUUCAGAGUUAUUGGCGCCGAUAACCAACCGAAAUAUCAGUUUGACAAGGUUAGAAAGCAAUUCAGUUUGGUUAGAGAUCAACAACCAGCAACUACAUCGAAUUUACAACAUCACUUUUUACACUUGAGAGAAACUUUAAAUGCAAAAGUUGAUAAUUUUGCAUCUAGAUAUAAUUUAAUUUCCGAUCGUCUUUCAAGAAAUGAAAAUUUCCAAAAGCCAACCUUUUCAAGUAUGUCAUCGUUCAGUCGUGGUAAUCAUCAUAAAAAUUUACAUCAUGAGAUCACACUUAUCAAGAACUUAUUGGGUAGAGAUGGACAAAGUUUUAUCCUUUUCGGAUUAUUGUCACAAAAUUCAAAUGGUGAUUAUACUUUGGAAGAUUCUACCGAUAUCAUUGAAUUGAAUAUAUCUCAAGCACUUAAAGCUGAAGGAUCAUAUUAUUGUUCAGGAAUGUUUGUAGUUGCCGAGGGGAUCUAUUCAGCAACUGGGGGAGCUUCUUCAUCUGCCACAAAUGUAGUAGGUGGGUGUUUCCAUGUAAGUAACAUUGGCCAUCCACCAGCAGAGAAAAGAGAUGUUAGCAUGGAAAAUUAUGGGAAUCUAGAUUUUAUGGGUGUGCAUGAAAGUGACCAUUUGGAUACAAACAAUCACAUUUUGAGAGUGGAUAAACAACUCAAAAGACACCUUGUACAUCUUGAAAGACAAUUGACCCAUCACAAGUUGAUCUUUAUGGGAUCUGAUUGCUUUUUGGACAAUAUGAAAACAAUGCAAGGAUUAAAGGCAUUUUUCAUUAAGAUGGAGAAAAGUCUUAUUGAAGAAAAUGAAGAAACUGAAGAUGAAUUACCAUUAGCGCUAGUCUUUUCAGGUUCAUUCACAUCUAUGCCACUUAUUCCAACAAAUACAUCAUCUACCAACAUUCCAAUUUCCGCAUCAUAUAAGAAUUAUUUCGAUGACUUAGCAACUUUAAUUGGGAAAUUCCCAACCAUUAUUUCAAAGGUUAAGUUUGUGUUUAUACCAGGUGCCAAUGAUCCAUGGCAAUCCACAUUUUCAUUGGGUUCCUCUAGUACUCAAGUUUGGCCACAACAACCUAUUUCUCCUAUAUUUACCAGUAGAAUUGCAAGAAUUCUUCCAAAGGGUCAUCUUAUUUGUGGAUGGAAUCCCGUUCGGAUCAAUUAUUUAUCACAAGAAAUCGUAAUUAUGAGAGAUGAUAUCACUCAGAAACUUAAAAGAAAUGAUAUAAUAUUCCCAACCGAUAUUUCAAUUGAAGAAGAAUUGUUAAAGAAAGAGAAUGCUAGGGGUAGUUCAAGACUUGAAGUUGAAGAGAUUUUAGAAAGACCUCAUGUAGCUGAAAAGGUUAAACAAGCUCGGAAAGUUGUAAAGACAAUUCUAGAUCAAGGUCAAUUACAACCAUUUAAACUUGACAUGAGAGUCAUCAGACCAUAUUAUGAUCAUAUUCUCCGCUUAGAACCAUUGCCAUCGAUUUUGAUCUUGAGUGAUUCAAGUUCUGGGCCAUUCGAAGUGACGUAUAAUGGAUGUAAAGUGAUAAAUGUUGGGAGAUUAAUUGGAACAACUAAACGAUUAAAUUAUGUUGAAUAUCAUCCAAGUUCAAAGAAAUGCAAUUUCAAAGAGAUUUACUUUUAA